CCGACCCGAGCAAGAAGUCCACGCGAGAGAAAGGCGAUCACACAAGUCCCCAGCAAGCGCGGGAGGGAAGAAAAAUACAAUCGCGUUUUCUUCGACCGAGUGACGUUGAUUUGCAUAUCCACUUCCACUCCUUCCUCAUUUGCAUACAGCAAGAAAUGGCGAGCGGGCAUCCCACAGACAAAUUCAGUUUCAUGUAUCAACCAGACACGCACAAGAGCAAAAACAGGUUGUCUUCAGCUAUGAAUCCAGUCUACAGCCCUGUUCAACCUGGAACCCCCUAUGGGAACCCCAAGAACAUGGCCUUCGCAGGCUAUCCAGGGGGGUAUCCCACGACGGCACCCACAUAUACGCCAAAUCUAUAUCAAACGGGAAGCCCCGGGUAUCCACCUGGAUACACUGCAGCAGGCACCCCAUACAAAGUGCCACCGACUCAGUCAAAUGGAGCACCUCCUCCCUAUACCCCAACCCCGACACCAUACCCUACAGCUAUGUAUCCCAUCCGCAGUGCCUACCCACAGCAGAACCUGUACACACAGGGCGCAUAUUAUACCCAACCGGUGUAUGCAGCUCAGCCACAUGUGAUCCAUCACACCACUGUGGUGCAACCAAACAGCAUCCCAUCCACAGCCCUCUACCCAGCCCCCGUCCCUGUACCCACUCCUCGAAACAAUGGCAUGGCUGCCAUGGGGAUGGUCGCCGGGACAACCAUGGCCAUGAGUGCAGGGACACUGCUGACAACACCCCAGCAUGCCCCUAUUGGCGCGCACCCCGUUACUGUGCCCACUUACAGGCCCCAGGGCACACCUGGGUACAGCUACGUUCCACCUCACUGGUAGAGCCCACCAGUUUAUAUCUGGAGUCCGCCAUCAUAUGCAACUGCUCAAAUCUGACCCAGACUCCUGGUAACCAUGGGAACUCAGCACCAUGUCUGCAGAACAAAACUAAAGUGCAACAGCC